AUGGCUUGUUUGUACCAGCUUUACUCUGAGCUCUUCUGUUUGGUUUCUGAGAACUCUUCAUAUUCUGUGCAGACGACUUCGUUCCUAAGGAAGUGUGUUCCUUUUCCUGAUGAGCAACCCUUGAGACCUUAUCAUUUGAGCUAUGACCAGUUCCAUAAUUUAUGCAGAUCUGUUUCGAGACUGAUGGUUGCACACGAUAAUCUUGAUUAUGAGGAGCUUCUGUAG